CCCACACUCGGUGUUGUUUGUUGCAAAAGGGAAACUGCAGUUCCUGUUGAGGCAGGCAGGAGGCACCUUGAUAAGUAGAUGGAUUCCUAGGUAGUAGGUAGGCGGCAUCUAGUUAGGCAGGGGGGACCUUCUUCACGAAGCACACGAAGCAAGUACGAGAUCAACACAACGACAGACGCCUUCCCCUCAUUCUCAAGUCCCUACGGAUAACUCCCUAGGUACCACCUCCACCUUACCGACGGCAAACGUGCAAACGAGGGGCCGCCUUGCAUCGUUCCGAGGCGGACCAGCCACUUCCCUCCCUUCUCUCUCUCUCUCUCUUCUCUUACCUCAUUCUCCAUUCUCUCCUCUCCACUCCUUCGCCUCAUCUCCCCAAAGUCCCGGUGAUCACUCUGAACCAUCAAAUUUCUCCAAAAAAAACUAAACUAAAAUUUAAUAAAACAAAAAAAUCGUCACCGGCUGCCCGCUGCUCACAUCAAAAACAUCCGCGCUCCCCUCCCAUCCCAUCCCGUCCCGUCCCAAACCCGACAACGGACGGAGGUUCUUUAAUAUUACACAACAGGCCGAGUACGACUUAGGUUUAAGGAUCUCUUUGUCCGCCUCGCAUCAGGUCGUUCUGGACUCCUUCCCAUCCACUCCGUACAGGCCGUCGGAUGGCAGUCAACUGAUACAUACUGCAGCCACUUGAUUUAUUGGCUACACGUUUUUUUUCGCUGCUACAGCUACUCCAACUUCGCGCCCCUUCGCUUACACGGCUCAUCGAAGCUCGUUCCAGGUCGAGUCACCCGCCACGAACAAUAAACAGCAACAAGAACAAGAACAGCUGCAGCAACAACAAUAACAAUACGACUUCGCCCCCUCUGUCCCCUGCACAGCGCCGGCAACGUCCGCGACAUCACACCUCAUCGCAUCGCGCCAGCUGCAUAGCACAUGAGGCAGACGCCACGCAAAGCCUGCUGUUCGGCCCCAUCCUGUCGACUUCUUCGUGCGUCCCGCCUGGGCUUCGCCUCCAGCAUCCGGCCAUCUUCCCCGACUCCAAUCCUGCCCCGAACCAGUUGCAGUGUCGCUUGAUUAUCGCUGCACCUUGCAGCUCCAACACUCGAGACGAUCGCCGAUCCAUCCACCGCGACGGGGAUGCCGUGUCCUCUGCUGUCUUCUCGCCUGCUGCAUGCCUGCAGUUCCCCGCACUAGCUUCGAGAUCAGCACAAAAUAUUGCGCUCUGUCACAAGCACCUUUGCCAAUAAUUUCGUCUCGAGGGUCGCGAGGUCGACAACCACUACUGCCGUCACCACCAACGGUUUUUGCCCCGCGCAAUACACUGCAAGCCGAACCACCUGAGUUGCUCAGUUGUAUCCCAGACUCGCUCUCGACCGCCAGUCGAUACCUACCAGCUCUUUUCGAUACCCUGUCGUACCCCGUCGUAGCAUCAUCCUACCUCAAUCGUGCUUUCUUUGCCCUACUCUGGCCCUUUAUCUUCCGCAACCGAACGACCACGAUCCCAUUUCGGUCGACCCACGAACGAUUCCUGCGAAAUUAACCGUUUCUUUUUGUUCUAGACAACAAUUUAGCCUGUCCUAGAACGGACCAACAUUACAUACCCCUCUCGUGUCUCGCGUGCCGGCCAGUCGCGCAUUAGAACCAGCCAGCCGGCGAAAUAUUCUGGCGUCUCCUCACCCGGCAAGCCGAACCAGGCCGAGGGAAAUUGCACCUUUGUAAAGAGUAGGAUUUGGUAUCAUGAUAGUCGUCCCAAGCACGUCAAGGAUACUCGCACUACCAGACAGCCCUCCUUCAGGGUUUUACCCGUCGUUACUCGCCUGUGUGUAAGCAUCAGAUGCUCUCCGUCGCCCACACCGACCCAAUCGAAAUACCCUCCUUCCGCUCCGUCAUAGCAUCUGUGGCGCCUACAACACGCUCACUGUAUCUCCCCCAGCAGCACGACGAACCAAAGACAGCAAUGUCGCCCAGGCCCGACGAGGGCAUCCCUCCCCAGCCCACAGAGUCGAAUGCGAACGACGUCCCCGACCUGCCCCCGCCGCCCAACCCUUCAUCCGACCCGAGGCUCAGCAUCGCCAACAGCGACAGCCCUCCGAACGUGCCGGAAAAUGACGACAUCUUCAAGUUGUCGCCGCGAUCGGCAAUGAAGCUGCUGAGCGGCGGCAUCGAGGCUCUUGUGCGAAUUACGGGCGACAUCCCUCCGACGCCGCCGCCCACGAGUCCAACAUUGCCCAACAUGCGAGGCAUGGCGGCCGAGAAGGCACUUAUCCGCUCCAACUCGGAAAAGAACUUGGCGAGAAUGCGCCAGGAGGCCGAGGCAGCCAUGAGCCACUCCCACCCGUCCCCGCGCCGGCCGCCCAUGAUGUCCCAAAUGAGCGGCUCCAGCGGCUCGGCGCCGCAACCAAUAGACGGCGUCCACCUGCGGCAGACACAAAGCCCGACGACGCCUCCGCCGCCUUCGAGGCCGCCCGAACCAUACAUCAUCAUUGGCGAGAACUCGCAGCCGAUCAACCUCCAGCACAGCGCCAUCACGCGCAAAUUCUACUCGAAAAAGCCGCCGCCGAUUGGCAUCGACGAAUACCUUGCGCGUAUCCACCGAUUCUGCCCGAUGAGCACUGGGGUGUAUCUUGCGACAAGCUUAUACAUCCACCGUCUGGCGGUGGAGGAGCAGACGAUACCGGUGACGAGACGGAAUGCGCAUCGGCUGGUGCUGGCAGGGCUCCGGGUGGCGAUGAAGGCGCUGGAAGAUCUCAGCUAUCCACACAGCAAGAUGGCCAAGGUCGGGGGCGUCAGCGAUCUGGAGCUUGCACGGCUCGAGAUCAGCUUCUGCUUCCUGGCCAACUUUGAGCUCGUGGUGCGAGAAGACACGCUGAAGAAGCACUGGGAGGUAUUGAAGAAGGAACAACCACUAAAGCUCAUGCACCCUAAUCUACCGGGUCUGUCGUUGAACCGACCACCAAGGAACACGGCUUCCACCGAGAAGGAGAAUGAAAGCAACUGAGACGCG